AUGGCUUUCGCGCUGAAUCAUGUUCACCUCAAGACUCCCGAUCCCAAGUCCACCGCCGAGUGGUACGUUGCCAACCUGGGCGCCACCGUGACCGCCGAAACGGCGAACGGGGGCUUCCGCCUGGACCUCCACGGCCUGCCUCUGAACGUAACCGACCAUGUCGCCACGCAGACCCACCCGCAAAACUAUGGCUUCGAGCACAUCGCCAUUGACACCGAUGAUAUCGACGGCACCGUCGCCGACCUCAAAAACGGCGGCGCCACCGUGCUGGAAGAGACCACCGUGGGCGGCGGCCGGCGCGUGAUGUUCUUCGAAGGUCCCCAGGGCAUCAUCCUCGAAGUGCUGGAGAUCAUUAACUAA